CACCUCCCUUCAUGAGCACUGAUCAGAAAACAGAACAGAUGAAGCAGCUCGGUCUUUUCACAACACGUCUUCAUCAAAACAAGAUGAAAAAAAUAUUUUUGUUGCUUCUCUUUUGUCAAGUUUCAUCAUCAGUGAAACACUCCCUGAAAUAUUUCAUAACUGCAUCUUCUGGAGUCACAAACCUCCCAGAGUUUGUGGCAACUACAGUCUUUAAUGACGUUCUGAUAGGUUACUGUGACAUCAACACAAAGAAACUAGAACUAAAACAGGACUGGAUGAAAAAAUUAGCAGAAGACAAUCCUCAGCAGUUUGAGUUCUACCGUAUAGCGUGUUUUCAGAGCCAGCCAAACAGCUUCAAAUCCACAAUAAAUGAUUUGAAGCAGCUCUUCAACCAAAGUGAAGGCGUCCACAUUUUACAGAUGAUGAGUGGUUGUGAGUGGGAUGAUGAGACUGGAGAGGUUCGUGGUUUUAAUCAAUAUGGUUAUGAUGGAGAAGACUUCCUAUCAUUUGACCUGAAGACAUCAACAUGGAUCGCCCCUAAACCACAGGCUGUCAUCACCAAACAGAGAUGGGAUGCUGACAAAGCCGGAAUAGAAUUCAUUGUGAAUUACCACACACAGAUUUAUCCUGAGUGGCUGAAGAAGUAUGUGGUCUAUGGCAGCAGCUCUGUGGUGAGAACAGAGCUUCCCUCAGUGUCUCUCCUCCAGAAGACUCCCUCCUCUCCAGUCACCUGCCAUGCUACAGGUUUCUACCCUGACAGAGCCAUGAUGUUCUGGAGGAAAGAUGGAGAGGAGUUUCAUGAGGACGUGGACCACGGAGAGAUCCUCCCCAACCAUGAUGGAACCUUCCAGAUGAGUGUCGACCUGAACCUUUCAUCAGUCACUCCUGAAGACUGGAGGAGGUACGACUGUGUGUUUCAUCUCUCUGGUGUAAAGGACGACAUCGUCACCAGAUUGGACAAAGCAGAGAUCAGGACCAACUGGGAGAAGCCGAGUCACAUGACCGUCCCCAUCACUGCUGCAGUGGUUGUUCUUGCUGUCGUCCUCGUCACUGUCACUAGAUUCAUCAUUUACAAAAAGAAGAAAGCCUCACGUCCUCCAUCUCCUCCUGACAGCUCUGAGCUCUCUGAGGAACUGAAUCCAGAGACUUGAAUGACAAACACACUCAGGGAGUUUCCUCAAGUGUCAUGUGACAAAAAUAUAGACCAAAUCAGGCAUUGCAGUGACCUUCAGCCUUUUUAAAUCGAGCUUAAGACCCACUUUUUUAGAUUGGUGUUUUAUUCUGACUAGGGCAGUACUGUUUCUCAGAUGUACUCAUUCUGUCUGCUCCUUUCUAUGUAUUUCUGGAAUGCUUUUAAUACCCUGCAGCACUACAGCACCUUUAAUUGUAUUUAUUUGUUAUGUAUCUGUUAUGUAUGUUAUGUAUGUAUGUGUAUGGUUUAUGGCUUUGUUGUAAAGCACUUUGGGUACCAUUUGGCUAUUGUAAAGGGCUAUACAAAUAAACUUGAUUUGAUUUGAUUUUGGUGAGUGAUGGAAUUUAAACUAGCUUAAAUAUUGAACAUGAUACCGUGGGCAUAAGGAACUUUUGUCACAUUUUACUGUGUAUUAAUGAAUAUAAAUGAAUCCAAAUCAAA